CUUUUUUGCUUGAAAACGCUCUUAGAAUUUCUACCACUAUUCUGCAUUGACGUAUUUUUUUCGUACAAGAAGGGAUGUGUUUGAAAAGGACCACUAGACCUGCUAUACGGCAUAGAACAGCUGCAACAUGGUUCAUUAGUAUUUUCUUCCUCUUCUUCAACGCCAAUUAAGGGUAGGUUAAAGGUGCUUUUCUUACCGCUUUUUAUGCCUCUCCUAAGGGAGAAAGGCAUAAAAAGCGGGGUAAGCAAGCACCAAAAACCUACCUCUAAGCCAAGCUGGUCAACUCCUCCUACACCAAAGAGCAGAAGCGGAUCUUCAUCUACUGGCACACGGGAUGGAACACAGCGCCUCCACUCGUAAAAUUAGCAGCCGACUCCUGGGAGUGGCACAACCCAUCGUGGACAGUUCAUCGUCUGUCAUUCGACACGCUAAGGGAUGUGAUUGAUUUAGACGGACUACUGCGUGUUUACGAGAUAGGAAAAGCGGAACACGUAGAAGUAGAUGAUGACAUUCGAGGUCCCGAUGGAGGUGAGCAGACUAUGGGUAUUGGUGCGGUGGUCACAACGUCAUCCUUUACAGAUGAAGCAACAGGAGGAUGCCGAAUCACGCUGGAAGAAGAGGCAUCUUCCGAGGCAAGGCAAGAACACGAAGUGAGUAGACCCACAGAGAGGAGCAUCAUCCUCAAAUCCAUCUCCUGCGCCACCGCCGCAACCAUCCUACAACAAGCAGACCACAAGAAUCUCCUCCACAACACGGUAAAGGAUCGUUUCCUCAACUACAAAGCUUCUUACAGUGACAAACAUCCGAAUGCGGAACUUGUUGCGUGGUUUGACCUGUUACAUAUGGAAAUCCUUGCCGCAGCCGGAGAAGGGCUGAACGUCUACAUGGCAGGGGGUGUCUUGUGCAUGCAAUCCUUGGAUGACUGGGUACCUGGAGCUUUGAACCUUCAGGAACACAGCAGAGCAAGAACAAGUGCUAGUGUUGGGAGUAGUGAAGACAUUGACAUGGGUCCUCGAUUUUGGAUGCAUGCUGGCUAUCACGGUACUGGUCCAGUUACAUGGUUUUCUGCGGCUGAAGUGAGGAAAAAAAACGACCGAGACAGUACUAGAGAGGACACUGAUUCUACUGAAAACAAUGACAACGAACUACAAAAACAUAAUGACAACAGUGAAGUCUAUCGCACUGAUUCUACUAGAAGCAACGACCGAGACAGUACUAGAGACACUGAAGAUGGCGUGAAGGACAAUCGGCUGAACACCGAAGAACUUCAACUUCCAUACAUGGUAACCCUGUGGCGACGGUGGGUGCGUCUCUACUGGCGUGAUCAAAACACUGACGGUCGUAGGAAAAGUGGACCUUUUCAGUACUGGUGGCUCGACGAAAUCUUUUUCGCAUUAGUAAAUGCGGAUGAAGAGGUAUGAAGAUGAACUGAAGUUGUAGAGAGAUUUGAUUUUGCUUACUACUAGUACAGCUAAUCACACAUGAGUUGUUUUUGAUUCGUCUUGUCACUCAGUCGGGUUAGCUACCAAACACUCAAGUAUUUCCUCUGCCGAUAGUUUCCCUAUCUCUACCUUCUAACAUCUUUCCGACGACGUUGGCUGACUGUUGUCGCUGAGAAUAAAGCGGCGGGUGAAGGACAUAUCGAGCGAUUUGGAGGGCCUCAUGCGCUUGUUAGCGCAGCCAAAUACGAGGAUCCUAGAGAGUCACCUACUUGGCUUGGGAAUGCGAGGAGUGCGGAAUUAGAAGAAGUCUUUAUGGCAAGGAAAUGGAUGUCUAGUUUUUUUUCAUCUUGGUUAAUUAUUCGCUUGAGAGGAGGGCUGCUUCUUCGGAUUGUUGCUACCUGCUCCUUUUUUCUAUCUCACAGACAAAACAGGCUUGUCCUUUAAGUUCAACAAAGAUGGAAGAGAAAAACCAGAACAACACCCUUCAUAGUAUGGCAAUCGGAAGUGGAAAACCGACCAAGAAUUUUGAAGCUUACGUGGAAAGACCUGCCGACAGGGUUACUAGAACGGCUGGAGAAGGAGAAUGCAGAUAAACCUAGUAGAGAUAGUUUUGAGGAAACAAAUUUGGAAUUGGCUUUGCGCUUAUCAAGGCAAUGGGCAAACGAAAGAUAUGCUCCUUCACUAGAUGCUGAUGCAAAAAAUCAUGUUAGAGAUGAGCUAUAGCUAGAAAUGAUAAAACGAAAAUGAUAGAAGGGUUCGGGCGUUCUAGAUGGACUUGCAACUCCGGAACGUUUUGCGUAUUAAUAGUUGGUGGAUAUAAUGAGAGUGAAAAAUUAACAAGCACUGAGAGAUGAAGGGGAGAAGACAGAGUGAAAUCCAUGAGAGCUGAGCCAGAAACUUUCAAGAUCAUUCAAGGAUGCUUUCCACAACCCCGC